GCGGUGGUGGAGGAAGCGCCGCGCUUGCCGCCGCUCGGCGUGGUGAAGGCGCGCUACAGCUUGGCCGAAGACGCCGAAGGGGAAGGGGUGCUCAUCUUCCCCGGGCCCGGCGGGGGCGGCGGGGAGGACGGCGGGGCCACCCCGGGCCCGUCCUCGUGGUCAGUGGCCGUCCCGCCUCCCACGUCGGCCUCGGCGUCGGCGUCGUGCGCCCCGGCGCGCUGCGGAAAAUGCGGGGAGGGUUUCCAGGGCGUGGAGAAGCUGGUGUUCCACAUGCGCGCCCAGCACUUCGUCUUCAUGUGCCCUCGCUGCGGCAAGCAGUUCAACCACAGCAGCAACCUGAACCGGCACAUGAACGUGCACCGCGGCGUCAAGUCGCACGGCUGCGGCGUCUGCGGGAAGAGCUUCACGCAGAAAUCCACCCUCCACGACCACAUGAACCUGCACAGCGGCGAGCGGCCGUACCGCUGCUCCUACUGCGACGUGCGCUUCGCCCACAAGCCAGCCAUCCGCCGCCACCUGAAGGAGCAGCACGGCAAAACCACGGCCGAGAACGUGCAGGAAGCCAGCGGCGCCGAGAUCAACGUGCCGGUGCGCUGAGCCCGGCCCCGGGCGCCGGAACGUGGGGGUGACGCCGAGCCCCGGGCGCCCGCGGUCGUUUCUUGGACGCUGAGUUUCCGACGCUGAGCUCGAUUCCCAGGGGUGGCCGGUGGCCGUCGCGCUCGGACGAUGGGUUCGGCCGCCCCAAAUCCCUGGGGCUGGUGUCGGAUGUUGAGUUUGGCCACCCCAAAAUGCCAAGGUUCGGCGUUGGGCGUUGGGUUUGGCCACCCAGAAUGGCGAGGUUCUACUUUGGACAUUGGUUUGGGUCAUGAGGACGUCGGCGUUGUCUUCGUAUGUUGAGUUUGGCCACCCCAAAAUGCCAAGGUUUGGUGUCGGGCGUUGGGUUUGGCCACCCUGAAUGGAGUGGUUCAACUUGGGACAAUGGCUUCAGUCAUCAGAACGUCGGCGUUGUCUUCGGACGUUGGGUUCGGCCGCCCCAAAUCCCUGGGGCUGUCGUCGGAUGUUGAGUUUGGCCACCCCAAAAUGCCAAGGUUCGGCGUUGGGCGUUGGGUUUGGCCACCCUUGAUGGUGAGAUUCGAUUUUGGAUGAUGGGUUUGGCCACCCAGAACGGCGAGGUUCAACAUGGGACGAUGGCUUCGGUCGUCAGAAUGUCGGCGAUGUCUUUGGAUGUUGGGUUUGGCCACCUCAAAUCCAUUGGACAUUGAGUUUCGCCGCCCAGAAUGCUGAGGUUGGGCGUUGGGUGUUGGGUUCAUCCGCCCCAAAUCCCUGGGGCUGUUGUUGGAUGUUGAGUUUGGCCACCCCAAAAUGCCAGGGUUCAGCGUUGGGCGUUGGGUUUGGGCACCCAGAACGGCAAGGUUCAACAUGGGACGAUGGCUUCGGUCAUGAGAAUGUCGGCGAUGUCUUUGGAGGUUGGGUUUGGCCACCACAAAUCCAUUGGACGUUGACUUUCACCACCCAG